GAUUCAGAAGCCAGCCAGAGCCCACAGUACAGCUUCGAGUCGUUGCCUCAGAAGAUUUGUUUGAUCUGUGGGGAUGAAGCUUCAGGCUGUCAUUAUGGUGUCCUUACCUGUGGGAGCUGUAAGGUCUUCUUUAAACGGGCCAUGGAAGGGCAGCAUAACUAUUUAUGUGCUGGAAGAAAUGAUUGCAUUGUUGAUAAAAUACGCAGAAAAAACUGCCCAGCAUGUCGCCUUAGAAAGUGCUGUCAGGCUGGCAUGGUCCUUGGAGGUCGAAAGUUUAAAAAGUUCAACAAAGUCAGAGUUAUGCGUGCACUGGACGCUGUCGCCCUCCCACAGCCGGUGGGCAUUCCAAGUGAAAGCCAAGCCCUAAGCCAGAGGUUCACUUUUUCACCAAAUCCAGACAUGCAUCUGAUCCCACCACUGAUCAACCUGUUGAUGAGCAUUGAACCAGAUGUGAUCUAUGCAGGACAUGACAACACAAAACCCGAUACCUCCAGUUCUUUGCUGACAAGUCUUAAUCAACUAGGCGAGAAGCAACUUCUUUCGGUAGUCAAGUGGUCUAAGUCAUUGCCAGGUUUUCGAAACUUACAUAUUGACGACCAGAUAACUCUCAUCCAGUAUUCUUGGAUGAGCUUAAUGGUGUUUGGUCUAGGAUGGAGAUCCUACAAGCAUGUCAGUGGGCAGAUGCUGUAUUUUGCACCUGAUCUCAUACUAAAUGAACAGCGGAUGAAAGAGUCAUCCUUCUAUUCAUUAUGCCUUACCAUGUGGCAGAUCCCACAGGAGUUUGUCAAGCUGCAAGUUAGCCAAGAAGAAUUCCUCUGUAUGAAAGUACUGCUACUUCUGAACACAAUUCCUUUGGAAGGACUAAGAAGUCAAAACCAGUUUGAAGAGAUGAGGUCAAGCUACAUUCGAGAGCUCAUCAAAGCAAUUGGUUUGAGGCAGAAAGGAGUUGUGUCUAGCUCACAGCGCUUCUAUCAACUUACAAAAUUUCUUGAUAACCUGCAUGAUCUCGUCAAACAGCUUCAUCUGUACUGCUUGAACACAUUUAUCCAGUCCCGGGCACUGAGUGUUGAGUUUCCAGAAAUGAUGUCUGAAGUUAUUGCUGCACAAUUACCCAAGAUCUUGGCAGGGAUGGUGAAACCUCUUCUCUUUCAUAAGAAGUGAAUGCCAUUUUUUCUUUUAAAAAAAUGAGAUUUUGUGGGAUGUUGUUUUAUUUUGGUCAGGAUUACGAGGUCUCGAGUUUUUAUAAUGUUCUUCUGAAAGCCUUACAUUUAUAACAUAUCAUAAUGUGUAAAUUUAAGAGAAAAAUUGUGAGAUUCUAUUAUUUUCCUUUAUAAAGUAUAAGUAGGAUUUUUAAGUGUUUUGUGUACCCAGAUUUUCUGUAAGAGUUUACAGGAUUGAAAAAGCACUAAAAUUGAUUGUUAAAGUAAACUUUAUCUUAUCCAUAUUAUUUCAUACCAUUAAGAUGAGGAUUUUUAACUUUUGCAUCUAACAAAUCUUCUACUUAGGAGAAAAAGAACCUUACAUGUAAUAACAAAAAGCUAUUAUAUAUGUUAAUUCUAGGUAGCUCCCUUUGUCUCCUUGAUUAUAGUUCCAAAAAUGAACUUUUACA